AUGGCCACGUGCUAGACGUGUUUAUGAUCUCCGAUGUUGUGUAAUUCCGCGAAAUAAAAAAGGACACAUUGAAAAUCGAAGCGCACAUCGGGCAAAAUCCGAUAAGGCAUCAGUGAGGCGAGACUCUUUGUAUUGGUGAUGAUGAAUCGAAAAGGAAGGUGUGUUAUUUGAACAGUGGCAUGUCAUACUUGUGCUAGUGAAGUUAUCAAGUGGUUAAAUUGUCAAAAAUUUGAGAUGGCCUCAACAUCAUCGCCACCACCCAAAUGCACUUGUCAACUAGGUGACAGUGACGACACUGUCAGGCCUAGAAAUGCAGCUAUCAAGAAUUAUCGACCACAUGGAAGUCUUGCUCGACUACUCUGGGAAAAACAACGAGCGGAUGAGCGCCUGCAGGGAUACGACAAAACUCGGUGGUACACCAUUGAUAAGAGCAAAAUUCGCGAGGAUAUUUUAAGGCUGUGGGUGCCACUGGGGGUGGGACCAUGUCAUGAUCAACCAGAUCAUACUGCUGAGGAGUUUCUUACUAGAUCUACUGAGAGAUCAGACUCACUUCCACUUCAGGCAUGGCACUCGUUGGCUCGCUCUGCACUCUCUUGGUUCAUCAGCCGAACUUCGAUAAAUGGAUUACUGGGACGUGGCUCGAUGCAUGUAUUCUCAUCAGAGCAGUUCCAACGUCUCAUGGAUGCCAGUGGUUUCUCAGGCGUUUGGCAUUCUCUGAUUGAUCUCGGUGCUGGGGAUGGUGCGACAACUGCACACGUUGCACAACUAUUUGACAGAGUUUACGCCACUGACAUAUCCGCCCCAAUGAGGUGGGCCCUUGCCAAAAGAAAAUUUACUGUUCUUGAUGUCGAUAAAUGGGACAGGGCUGCUCCCUUCAACGUUAUUCUAUGUCUAAACCUUCUGGAUCGUUGCGAUCGUCCAAGUACUCUGCUGAGACAGCUGAGAGCAGCCCUCGCUCCAGGCGGUAGACUUGUGAUAGCACUGGUGCUUCCGUUCAGUCCAUAUGUGGAGGUUGGUGAGCGUGGUGAUCACAAACCAUCCGAGUAUCUGCCAAUCAAGGGUACUGGCCUGGAGGGACAAAUAGCUGGCCUAGUUGACCGGGUUUUUGGUCCAAUUGGCCUAAAAUGCUUGGCUUGGAGCAAAUUGCCCUAUUUGUGCGAGGGAGACAUGGGUCAGGCGUAUUAUUUCCUUGAUGAUGUUGUCUUUGUUUUGGAGAGUCAAGAGGAGGAGACAUGUAAAAACGGUCUGCGAAGAGAGACAAACAUGCAGCCUAAAGUAUAUUAAAUUAAUGGGAUUGGCAAUCAAAGAAACAGCUGGAUACAGGAAUAUGUGGAGGUGGAAGAAAGCUCCUCAACGACUGCACCAACUGAAUUGUGUCCACCAAUGCUAAAUGGAUAAUAAAGGCAUUUUCAAUCCAACUAUAUAUCUACGGGUAAAAUUAGCACUGAACUAUUGUCGUCCAAGGUCAAGCCAAGUUGAUUCAUUAAAUUUUUAUAUCUCUCGAUGAAGAGAUACCGUUAUGUACUUAUUUAAUUAACACAACACAUAUAAAUUUAAUAAUUAAUCCUUUAUGUUGAAGAAUAAUUUCAUUAACAGACUGAUUUAUCUUGAGAUAUAUGUAUACAACAGCUUUUGUGUCGACUUUAAAACUUUAAAACCAAAAUCGUGUAUUCACGUGUGUUUGAUGAUAUAAUAAAAUUGAGUCAUAUUCAUCUGUUUAUUAUGACAUGUUAAAGAAAAAAAAAAAUGUAUAUCUACAAAGAUAUCAACACGAGUAAUGAAAAAUCAAGUGUAAUUACUUUUUUGCAAAGCCUCCGAUUGUUUUCCAUAGGGUUUACACAUAGCAGGGCGUACACAAGCCUUCAUUCUCGCCAUGUUUUUCAUAACUUCAGCGAAAGCUCGAACAAUUUUUCCCCCACCAUCUGAAAGCAAGUGGGAAUAAGCAACAAGCGUAUGCGUAUCAAUAGAAAACAUUAAUUUUAUUGAGAUGUUGUUGGAAACAAAACAAAAAAAAUCCUUACUGUCGGCAUUUGUGGCUGCUGAACGAGCCCCUUUCUCCUCAAUGGUCCAGGCACCAUUGUGAAGUGCUAGAAGAUCUUUAUUGGCAUUCGUGAGUCCUUGCAGAUUCCCGAGCCCAAGUCCACUGAGUCCCUCUAGAUUAUCUAAAUUAGAUCUUAAGAAAUCCGUGAGCUUGUGAUCGGGGAUUUGAGUAUUAAUCAUCGACUCAUAAUGCUGUUUUCCAAUGGAUUUCUUCUCCUGGGAGGAGGGUCGAUGGGGAAUAUUUAAUGACGGACGACUGGGUGGACGUUGCAGAUUCAUCUGAUUCCCACCACUUCGAAUCUCUGAGAUAUCAGAUGAGGAUCCCCC